AUGGCUACGCUUGUUUGCAGGGUGCAGUUCCUAGAUGAUACAGACCCUUUCAACAGCACCAACUUUCCCGAGCCUAGCCGGCCUCCGCUGUACACUUUCCGGGAAGACAUCGCCCUCGUUACCCAACUGGCUGGAAUCCACCGAUUGCUCCGGGCACCCCACAAGCUUGAUGACUGUACACUGCAACUCUCUCACAAUGGUACAUAUUUGGAUUUGGAAUCAACUUUAGCUGAGCAACGAGAUGAACUAGAAGGCUUCCAGGAAGAUGCUGGGAGGGGCAAGAAACAUAGCAUAAUCCUAAGGACCCAACUCUCAGUGAGAGUCCACGCCUGCAUAGAAAAGCUGUAUAACUCCAGUGGACGAGAGUUAAGACGGGCCCUUUUCUCCUUGAAGCAGAUAUUUCAGGAUGACAAGGAUUUGGUACAUGAAUUUGUUGUGGCUGAAGGUCUCACUUGCUUAAUAAAAGUGGGAGCAGAGGCAGACCAGAAUUAUCAAAACUACAUCCUUAGAGCUUUGGGCCAGAUUAUGUUGUAUGUAGACGGGAUGAAUGGAGUAAUAAAUCAUAAUGAAACCAUUCAAUGGCUGUAUACUCUCAUUGGUUCAAAGUUCCGCCUCGUGGUGAAAACUGCCCUGAAGUUACUGCUGGUGUUUGUGGAAUACACGGAGUCAAAUGCUCCCCUUUUAAUUCAAGCUGUCUCUUCUGUUGAUGCAGAAAGAGGAGUCAAGCCAUGGUCAAAUAUAAUGGAGAUCUUGGAAGAGAAAGAUGGAGUUGACACAGAGCUGCUGGUUUAUGCCAUGACUUUAGUGAAUAAGACUCUAUCAGGAUUGCCAGAUCAAGAUGCUUUCUAUGAUGUGGUAGAUUGCCUGGAGGAGCUCGGCAUUGAAGCCAUUUCUCAGAGACACUUGAACAAGAAAGGGACAGACUUGGAUUUGGUGGAACAAUUCAACAUCUAUGAGAUGACAUUGAGGCAUGAAGAUGGUGAUGAGAAUGCUGAACCUCCCCCCAAUGGACGGAAAGAUAGGCGAAGGGCUAGUCUGGGUUCAAGUGAGCAUCGAGGAUUAAAUCGAAGGAGGAGCCGGAGGCACUCAGUUCAGAGUGUUAAAAGCACUUUAUCAGCUCCUACGAGUCCCUGUAACCAGCCAGCUCCUAGCUUCAAACUCAGCCAAAGCCAUCCUGUUGGAGAUCUCAGUGAAAAAUAUAGCAACUAUGGCAGCAGCUCUUAUUUCUCGACGAGAGGCUAUUCAGGAUCAAGUGCACCUACAACACCUACUUCAUCCCUCUCACCAUACCAGGAGUCCAAAUCAGAACGGUCAUCACUGAGUGGUCUCCUAACAUCAUCAUUUCGUCAACAUCAAGAAUCAUUGGCAGCAGAACGAGAGAGGCGACGCCAAGAGAGAGAAGAGAGAUUACAAAGGAUAGAACGGGAAGAAAGAAACAAAUUCAACCGAGAUUAUUUAGACAAAAGAGAGGAGCAAAGACAAGCAAGAGAAGAAAGAUACAAAUACUUGGAGCAGUUGGCAACGGAGGAGUAUGAGAAGGAGCUGAGAAGCCGGAGUACAAGCCGAGGCAGGACUGAACUCUGCUUAGACUUGAGUGCUCCUGCAGCCCCGUCCUCUCCCAUUCCUAAGUGCAUUAGCCCAUCAUCCGUACAGUCCCGAGAGGAGCUUAAGGAAACUUCAGUCUCCCAAGGAACAACCCAGCCUGCUGAAGGUGAGGCAAGCGACCCUGAGCCUGAAGCAGAGACUGAGACAGAAAGAGUGGAAGCAGGAGAAGGACACAAAGCCGAGGCUGGAGCAGAGCAGAGGGUGGAUGUGCCGCCAUCUCAGGAAGUGUUAUGUCGGCGAGGAAGACCAAAAAGUGAGGGGACCCAAGGACCAGAAGAAAGUGCAAUACUCAGUGAGAAGGAAAGGCAGAAUGAAGAAGUAAAUGAAAAAGACAACUGCUCAGCCUCCAGCAUCUCCUCCACAAGCAGCACUUUAGAGAGAGAAGAGAAAGAGAGCAAGUUAACCAGUGAUAAUGAAGCUGGUCUAUGGUCACAGACCAUUCAGGAUGCUGGCGUAAAUGAGCAGUGUAGCAACAUUCUCAACAACAAGCGGUUUAUGCUGGACAUGUUGUAUGCCCAUAACAAAAAACCCAAGGAUGAAGAGGAGAAGGAGCUGGAGAAAGUGGAGGAAAAGAAGAGGACAGAAGAAGGUGAGGAGCCCAUCACCUGCGUAGCCAGUAGGAUUUCUGUUCUUCAGGCCAACUCGCAGGCUAAAGAUGAAAACGUCAGAAAGAUGGAGAUUGAAAAUUUGGAUAACCAGGGCAGCGUGAAAGCCUUUGCUGAGAAGUUCAACAGCGGUGAGCUCACCAAAAGCCCAGCCUCAUCAGAGAUGGGGAUGGAUGAACAGGUCUCUGAAAAGACACAAGCACAACCAAAGAAGGAGUCGGACUACAUCUGGGAUCAGCUCAUGGCCAAUCCUAGGGAACUUAAAAUCAAAGAGAUGGACUUCACAGACUUGGGAGAUGAGGAUGAUAUAGAUGUUUUGGACAUGGAUUGGGGUCCCAGGGACUCACUCAUUCCUCCUCCUCCACCUCCACCUUCCUUUUUGUGUUUGCCUCCCCCUCCCCCUCCCCCUCUUUUUGAUUGCUCAUCUCCAGCCCCUGCUAAUUUAUUGGCUCCUCCCCCCAUGUUUGGCACUCCUCAGGGUUUAGGGUGGCCCCAGGUUCCUAGGGGUCAGCCAGCAUUUACAAAGAAGAAGAAAACCAUCCGUCUCUUUUGGAAUGAGGUGCGGCCAUUUGAGUGGCAGUGUAAAAACAAACGCUGCAGAGAAUUCCUGUGGUCGAAACUGGAACCCAUUAAAGUGGAUACUUCCAAACUGGAGCACCUCUUUGAAUCUAAGUCCAAGGAACUGUCUGUCACAAAGAAAACGGCUGCAGAUGGAAAACGACAAGAAAUCAUUGUUUUGGACUCCAAGCGCAGUAAUGCCAUUAACAUUGGACUGACUGUGUUACCCCCUCCAAGGACAAUCAAGAUUGCCAUUUUGAAUUUUGAUGAAUAUGCCUUAAACAAAGAAGGCAUUGAGAAAAUCCUCACCAUGAUUCCCACCGAAGAGGAAAAGCAAAAAAUUCAGGAAGCCCAAAUGGCCAACCCGGAUCUCCCUCUGGGCAGCGCUGAGCAGUUCCUCCUGACGCUCUCCUCCAUCAGUGAGCUGUCCGCCAGGCUCCAGCUCUGGGCUUUCAAAAUGGACUACGAAGUCAUUGAAAAGGAAGUGGCUGAACCACUUUUGGAUCUGAAGGAAGGAAUAGAUCAGUUGGAAAAUAAUAAAACCCUGGGCUUCAUUCUGUCAACUUUGUUAGCCAUUGGGAACUUCCUCAAUGGUUCCAAUGCUAAAGCCUUUGAGUUGAGCUACCUCGAGAAGGUUCCAGAAGUCAAAGACACUGUGCACAAGCAGUCUCUCCUACACCAUGUGUGCACGAUGGUGGUGGAAAAUUUCCCAGACAGUACAGAUCUGUAUUCUGAGAUUGGGGCCAUCACUAGGUCAGCCAAGGUUGACUUUGAUCAACUUCAAGACAACUUAUGUCAACUGGAACGAAGAUGCAAAGCAUCAUGGGAUCACCUCAAGGCAAUUGCCAAACAUGAAAUGAAACCAGUUCUAAAGCAAAGAAUGUCUGAGUUCCUUAAAGACUGUGCAGAAAGAAUUAUAAUUCUGAAGAUUGUUCACAGAAGAAUAAUUAAUAGAUUCCACUCCUUCUUACUGUUUAUGGGCCAUCCCCCCUACGCGAUCCGUGAUGUGAACAUCACCAAGUUCUGUAGAAUCAUCAGCGAGUUUGCCCUGGAAUAUCGCACUACCCGGGAGCGGGCCUUACAGCAGAAACAGAAACGGGCCAACCACCGAGAGAGAAACAAGACCCGAGGGAAAAUGAUCACUGAUACCGAUGAAGAAGAUGAAAUUGAGACUGGAAAAUUCUCCAGCAAUUCCACUCCCUCCCAGAGCCAACCACAGGGACUGGACUAUGCAGAAGAUGCGGCUGAACACGAAAAUAUGAAGGCUGUGCUGAAAACCUCCUCCCUUGGUGAAGAAGGCACCUCAGUGCUGGGAGUCCGGACACGAAGCCGAGCCAGUCGAGGCUCCACCAGCAGCACGUGGCACGCUGGCAUUGAUGACUCACCUAACGUUACAGAUGAUGCAGCUGAUGAGAUCAUGGAUCGAAUCGUCAAAUCAGCCACCCAAGUGCCCAGUCAACGAGUCGUGCCAAGAGAAAGAAAACGAUCACGCGCAAAUAGAAAAUCAUUAAGAAGAACUCUGAAGAGUGGACUGACACCAGAAGAAGCAAAAGCCCUAGGCCUGGUCAGCACCUCUGAAAUGCAGCUGUGAUGUCAGCAGAGGUGAUAACAAGAACUCUCUCCUCCUAAAAUCAAGAUAAACUCUUUCAUGUGGCACCUAUCCUGGGCCCAUGUAAUGGCCUGUGUUGUUUAAUUGUAACAAAAUGUAUAGCUGGGAUAAAAGGGGGUAUUACCGUGCCACACACAAAUUGGUCCAACAGUUAUGAAAAGGAGUGUCUGUAUUUGUAGACGGCUUCACACAGCUUGCUCUUUCAGUAUAGAUGGGCAUGGGUACCACACAUCUCCUUUGCAUCACACUUUACGAUGUCAACUCUGUUCAUGUUGGUUUUCUCUGUGACAUGGUUCAGUAGCUCUCACAUGUAACAUCUUUUCAGUGAAGGCAACAGGCCUUUCCGAUACAAAUAACCUCUGUUAUCACUCCCAUGAUGUGUUGUAUACUCAGCUAAGACAGAGUCUACACAACACCAAAGUAUCUGGAUCAGAAGUGAAAAGUUGCACACCAGAGAAAGCCCAGAUGUCCUUUCGGGAAUUCCAGAUGUUGUAAAUGUUUGUGCAAUUUCAGAAAUGCACUCCACGUUUCAAAUAUUAAAUAAAUAGAGUUCAAUUAUGUCAUCAAUUUUCUUCACCUGGAUAAAAUCCUUAACAAUCA